UAGAGCGAGGUCAGCUUCCGUUUGACACCCGGCUUUGAGCCUCGCUCCCUGGCUGCACAGAGUGGAGAGGGGCGGUGUUUGGAUGUUUCGGUCGAUCGGCAGAGCAUUUAUUAUAUGAGCAAAAAAUAAAAAAGAUAAAUUAAAAAAAAAAAGGGGGGUUGUACGCAGUGCAAGGGGAACCGCCAACAAACCACGUGAUCAAACGCGGAAACGGUCUGACAGAGGAAAGUGGAGUGGAGAAGAGAGGGGAGUGGAGGUUUCGGUGUCCGUUGGUGUUUUGAGCCGCUGGCGCUUUCACUAGCCGCUCUCCCCGCACCGAACAGUGCACCCACACGCGCAGACGACCGCGGUUUUUUUUGCUGUCUCUACGGCUUAGAUGUGCGGCUCCCGCCCGGCGUGAAUGAAGCGAGGUAAGCUCGGCGGACAAGGACAAACAAAGCAAAAGAAAUGGUGGCUCUGAGGUCAGACUGCUGAGAUGACAAGGCUGUGACAGUGUGUGUCCAAGUGUGUCUGUACUGGACCAAUUUCUGUGACAUGGCCGCUGCUAAGAAAAGUUGUGCGAAGGCAGGAGGCGUGCGCUUCUCAGAGGAAACCCCUGCUGCCGGAGCCCCAUCACAUGUUCAUUUCGACGAAAAGCUGCACGACUCCGUCGUCAUGGUGACUCCGGAGGAUGAUGGCAACUUCAUGGUCAAGGUUGGCUUCCUAAAGACGCAGCACAGAUACGAAAUAGUGUUCAACUUGCCCGAGGUCCCAGCUCUGGGGAAGGAUGUGUGUCCAGCGCCUGUGCCCAGUCCACACCUCCGGAUCACUGACAUCACACCGGCACCAGAGGGAGGUCUGAAGGUAACGUGCGAGUACAUGGCCCAGCAGGAGGGAGUUCUUUGCGAGGAGGUGCUGUUGCUAAGCGAGACCAACGAGGACAUCUGUGUUAAGGUCAAAGUUCACGCCAGAGUCAUGGAUCGCCACCACGGUACGCCGAUGCUGCUGGAGGGAGUUCGCUGCAUCGGGGUGGAGUUGGAGUACGACUCCGAACAGAGUGACUGGCAGGGGUUUGACUAAAUCUCAAGGUCCUGCCCUCCUUUCCCACCUGAAGUACACACGCGUAUAAACACAAACACGGAGUCCUAAGAGGAAAUGAGUGUCUGUGUCCUGAGAACAUUUACAUACGAGAACAAUCAUCUGCUGUGACUCUCGCCACAACAUCGACAGCGUCUGAACGGACAUUUUGUCGCUUUGCUGCUUCUUCCUCUGGCUCCUCCAACUUUCCUUUGUUCAUCCCGACAUGCUGUAUUCUCUGCUGUUAAGCUGCGUUUUCCUCACUGAACCUCUGGAUGGCAGCAGUGCUCUUAAAAAUCAGUGCAGCCUCAGAUCUUUUCUCAACGCCUCUUGUUCCCCAGUUCACGAUUUACCCGACGUGCAAAGUGCGACAUUUAUUCCACAUGAAUUUACAGUAGCGAGGGUGUAAAUAAGGGCUCGUUUAUUAAUCCGAAAAGGCAUGAAACUGACCCUAAAGGAAGGAACAGGUCUGCACAAUUCAGGGGAAUACGGCUGAACUGAGAAGCAGUGCCGGGCCUGUAGUGUCUCUGUUUCACCAUGAGGCAGGCGCCGCAGACCACUGUUUAUAACGCUCCCCAAUCUGCUCUGCUGCAGACUGGUCACAGUUCUCCAUUUAAAGGAAAAAUCCAACUUUGACGUUCUUAAGCAUUUAUAUAAUAAAAGUCUGUCGGGUUCAGUGCAUUUCAGGGGUUGUAAUGGACAUUUCUGUUGUACUUUACCUCCACCUGCCCUGACUACUUCUGCUUAGGUUUUAUGGUUCAUUGGCAGCUACAGAAAUGGAGAGAGGGGGUUUUCCAGUCAUGCAAAACAGAAAAUAAUGCUGAACUUCCCCUGUAAAAAGCCUGAAAAACAGUGCAUUUAUAGUAAGAGGCACUGUCUCUUUUAUUGUGAGGAAGUGAAAGCAAACUGUGAGGUCGACUGUUGACGUUUUAGGUCAGUGAUUUAGAAUUUUCUGCCUCAGAAUUUCUUUGUUGUUGAGCGCUAAAUAUCUUCACACGUUGUUAUGUUUGGCCACUUUCCACAGAAGUAAAAAAAAAAAAAAAAAACCCUGUACAACAAAACGACAAAAUUGG